CCGGUACCGACCCCAGCACCGGCCCCCGGUACCGCCCCCCAGCACCGGCCCCCGGUACCGACCCCCGGUACCGACCCCAGCACCGGCCCCCGGUCCCGAGCCCCGGUACCGACCCCAGCACCGGCCCCCGGUCCCGAGCCCCGGUACCGACCCCAGCACCGGCCCCCGGUACCGCCCCCCAGCACCGGCCCCCGGUCCCGACCCCCGGUACCGACCCCAGCACCGGCCCCCGGUACCGGCCCCCGGUACCGCCCCCACCAUGGCCGACCCCAAGUACGCCGACCUGCCCGGCAUCGCCCGGAACGAGCCCGACGUGUACGAGACCAGUGACCUGCCCGAGGAUGACCAGGCCGAGUUCGAGGCGGAGGAGCUGAGCAGCACCAGCGUGGAGCACCUGAUCAUCAACCCCAACGCUGCCUACGAGAAGUUCCGGGACAAGCGCCUGGGCACCGAGGGUGUGGAUUUCUCUGACCGCAUCGGCCGGACACGGACCACGGGUUACGAGGCUGGGGAGUAUGAGAUGCUGGGCGAGGGUCUUGGUGCCAAGGAGACGCCGCAGCAGCGAUUCCAGCGGUUGCAGCACGAGGUGCAGGAGCUGCUCCGGGACGUGGAGCAGAUCCAGAGCUCAGUGAAGGAGUCGGGGGCUGAGGAGGAGCUCACGCCCAUGGCCCUGGCCAGGCAGGUGGAAGUGCUGAAGCAGCAGCUGCUCAGCUCCCACCUGGAGAAGGUUCUGGGCCCUGGUGCCGCCGUCGACUUCGCUGAUCCCGAGGGCGCCCUGGCCAAGCGGCUGCUGCAGCAGCUGGAGGUGGCCAAGUGCAGCAAAGCCACGGCGGGGAAGGGCCCCGCGCGGGCCCCUCCGCCUGCCGGCGAUGCUGUCACCUUCGAGCUCUACUGGAGGCCGGAGCAGGACCAGUUUGCCCAGUCUGCAAAGGUGUCAGAGCUGGAGAAGCGUCUGGCGCAGCUGGAGGCGGCCAUGAGGUGUGAGCCUGACAGCCAGAACCCACUGCUGGUGGGGCUGAAGGGCUCCAGUCUCAUGGACACGGUGCAGGUGCUGCAGGCCAAGGUGAAUGUUCUGGAUGUGGCUGUGCUGGACCAGGUGGAGGCUCGGCUGCAGAGCGUCCUGGGGAAGGUGAACGAGAUCGCCAAGCACAAGGCCACGGUGCAGGACGCUGACACGCAGAGCAAGAUCCACCAGCUGUACGAGACACUGCAGAGCUGGGACGCUGUGGCCAGUGCCCUGCCCGACGUGGUGCAGCGCCUGGUGACCCUGAGGGACCUGCACGAGCAAGCCACCCAGUUCGGGCAGGUGCUGGUGCACCUGGACACAACGCAGCAGGAGAUCGCAGGGGCUCUCAAGGACAACGCGGUGCUGUUGGCCGAGGUGCAGAAGACGAUGAAGGACAACCUGGCCAUCGUCGAGGACAACUUUGCCGACAUCGAUGCCCGCAUCAAGCGGCUGCAGAAGUGACGAGACCCCAGGACACCCCCUUGGGGCUCCCCUGAGGACGUCCCUGCGCCCCCCCCCCCACGACCCCCUGGGCUCUGUGACCCCCCCCCCGCAGGUCCCAGCUGCUGCUUGUAAAUACCCUGGCUCGGCCCCCCCCUGCACAUCCUCUGUCCCCGUCCCCACCGGGGCCUCUGCACCCCUCAGUCCCCACGGGGGGUCCUCCCUGUCCCCCCUGCUCCGUCCCCACCUGUGGGUGUCUGGUCCCCCCCGUACCCCAAUAAACAGCUCAGCUCCC